UCUCAUCCAGCAAAGCAAUAGUUACUGAGGGGUGGUUGAGUGAAGCUUUAAAAAGGGGUGAACAACUUCAUUUUUGUUCAAGUCAAAGUCAAUCUUCAAUUGAUUGUGAUUUUGAAAAUAAUAUAAACAAACAAUAAAAAUAGGGCACAAAAAUUACUUUGGAGAUCAAUCAAACAAAAAACAUGAAAAAUAAUAGUAACAAUAAUUAUGAGAGAUCUGGGAAUUCUUCUUCAAAGAAGGGGAAAAACAAGUGUACCUCGAGUACGAACAAUAAUAGUAAUAGUAGUAAUAAUAAUAAUGAUAUCGAAAAACCCCGACAACCUCAAAGAGGUCUCGGGGUUGCUCAACUAGAGAAGAUUAGAUUGCAUACUCAAAUGGCUAGUUGUGGCCUUAUUCCUCCUCAUCCUUUUCUUAAUCCUGCAUUUCAGCAUAUUCCGGAUGAUAUAAAGUUCCAACUUGCAUAUCAUCAAGGAAUGCCACCACCACCACCGCCACAGCAGCAGCAGCAGCCGCCAUAUUAUUCGUCGCCUUCGGUUCCGCCUUCUGCUUAUGGUUAUCACCAUCCUAAUGCUUAUAUGAUGGGAAUGGGAGAUCAUAUGGGGACAGGCAAUAUAGGAUACAAUGAAUCUCAGUUAUGCAAGACAACAAGAUGGACAGAAUGGAACCCUAUUAACAAUAUUCGCCUCACCCAGGAGAGCCAGCAACCAGACCUUCUACCAUUAAGUAUGGUCACUAGGCACCUUCUAAGCCAAGUUGAGCAACAUAAUAGAAGCAACGAGUCGUUGGAAUCAAUGAACUCCGGCAACCAGAAUUCUGAAUUAAGGGAAAAUGAAGAACUGGAUUUGGAGCUUAAACUAUAGCAAAAUUUAGAUAGUCAUUUGGGUUCAUAGUUUUUGUAGUCAUUGCUUUUUCUUUAGACAAAAAAUUAACCACAGAAAUUAUCAUUAGGUAAAACAAAAUUGAUAGUUGUUCGUUUAUUGUUUUUGGACCACAUUUAAUUUGUAACAAAUAGUUAUUAUUUUUUUUAUAUAUAUAUUAU